AUGGAUAUUGUAAUUCGUCAUAAUGAUGAGCAACUACAUAGAUCCCAGCUGCAAAAGUUAAAGAAAGGGUUGCCCUUUCUGAUUCUGCUGCUUUUUCUGUUCUCAAUCCCUCAAGUUUCCGGCAGAAGACACGGGGAAUGGGAUGGAGUUCUUUUGGUUGAGUCAGAUUUACUAGCCCUCCAGGCUAUAAAGAAAGAAUUGGUUGAUUUUAGAGGAGUCUUGAGGAGCUGGAACAAUGGGAGCAGUUCUGGAGCUUGUUCAGGUGGCUGGUUUGGCAUCAAAUGUGUGAAUGGACAGGUUAUUGCUAUUUCCCUUCCCUGGAGAGGCUUAGGAGGCCGGAUCAGUCAACAAAUUGGGCAGCUUAAAGGGCUUCGUCGCCUCAGUCUUCAUGACAAUGCUCUUGCUGGACCAAUUCCUAUUUCCCUCAGCUUUCUUCCAAAUCUCAGAGGCGUUUAUCUCUUCAAUAACCGGCUUUCCGGUUCUAUCCCUCCGUUUCUAGGUAACUGCCCUCUAUUACAGACUCUUGAUUUGAGUAACAAUCAGCUAAAUGGGACAAUCCCACCCAGCCUGGCUAAUUCUACCAAGAUUCUAAGGCUCAAUUUGAGCUACAAUGCAAUUUCAGGGCCAAUUCCUGGUAGUUUUGCUCAGGCUCCUUCUCUUACUUUUCUUGCUCUACAGCACAAUAAUCUCACAGGCUCUAUUCCUGAUACUUGGGGUAGCUCUUAUCAGCUUCAAUCCCUGACUUUGAAUCAUAAUUCACUGUCUGGAAAUAUUCCAGCUUCCCUUAGCAAAUUAAGUAUGCUUCAGGAUAUUGAUUUGAGUCAUAAUGCCCUGAAUGGAAGCUUACCUGACAGCUUUUUUUCCAACCUUUCAUCUCUAGUUUCCCUCAACCUGGGAAGCAAUUCCCUUGAAAGCAAAAUCCCUGAUAGCCUGGACAGUUUACGAAACCUAUCCGUUUUGAACCUGGGAAGAAAUCAAUUCCAGGGUGAAAUCCCACCCGGGAUUGGUAACAUCACCAGUCUAACCCUGCUUGAUUUGUCUCAGAACAAUCUCACUGGGGAAAUCCCGGAUUCCCUGGAAAAUUUACCCAGUCUCUCUUCUUUGAAUGUCUCUUAUAAUAACCUGUCAGGCCCUGUACCCUCCCUUCUCUCUAAGAAGUUCAAUUCCACCUCUUUCAUUGGAAAUCUUGAGCUAUGUGGAUACAGUGACUCAACUCCGUGCCCUUCUCCUCCACCGGAGAACCAACCUUUUCCUCCACCAGGAAAGUCUUCAAAACGGCGCAAACUUAGUGCAAAAGAUAUAAUCCUCAUUGCAGCUGGAGCAAUGCUAGUAGUAUUACUACUACUUUGCUGUCUCCUCCUCUGCUGCUUGAUCAGGAAAAGAGCGGCAUCCGCAUCCAAAGAGAAAAAUGGUAACAAAUCAGUCAGUGCCUUGGCCAGUGGUACAGGUGGAGGAGGAGCCAAGGCAGCUGGGGUGGAAGUAGAAUCAGGUGGUGAAGCUGGUGGGAAACUGGUCCAUUUUGAUGGUCCUUUUGUGUUUACUGCAGAUGAUUUGUUGUGUGCGACUGCAGAAAUCAUGGGAAAAUCUACUUAUGGGACUGCUUAUAAGGCCACAUUGGAAGAUGGGAAUCAGGUGGCUGUGAAGAGGCUAAGGGAGAAGAUCACAAAAGGGCAGAAGGAAUUUGAAAUUGAGGUUGCCGAAAUUGGAAAGAUCAGGCAUCCAAAUAUCUUAGCUCUCAGAGCCUAUUAUUUGGGGCCUAAAGGUGAAAAGCUUCUGGUGUAUGAUUAUAUGCCUAAUGGAAGUCUUGCCUCAUUUCUCCAUGCUAGAGGACCAGAAACACAAAUCCCAUGGCCAACAAGGAUGACCAUAAUCGUUGGCAUAACAAGAGGCCUUUCCUUCUUACACACCAAAGAGAGCAUAGUGCACGGAAACUUGACAUCAAGCAAUGUACUACUUGAUGACCAGAAGAAUCCCAAGAUUGCAGAUGUUGGGCUAUCCAGGUUAAUGACGAAUGCAGGGAACACAAAUGUGAUCGCCACGGCUGGGACCCUUGGAUACCGAGCACCAGAGCUUUCAAAGGCGAAAAAUGUCAACACAAAAACCGACGUCUUCAGCCUUGGUAUCAUAAUGCUCGAGCUGUUAACUGGGAAAUCUCCAAGUGAAGCAACAGAUGGGCUGGACUUACCUCAAUGGGUGGCAUCCAUAGUGAAAGAAGAGUGGACUAAUGAAGUUUUCGACGUCGAGCUGAUGAGGGAUGCUUCCUCUUCCAACAACAUGGGAGACGAACUGCUGAAUACUUUGAAAUUAGCCCUCCAUUGUGUGGAUCCAACACCAGGAGCCAGGCCUGAAUGUGAUCAAAUUUUGCAAAAGUUGGAGGAGAUUAAUCCAGAAUUAGCCUCAGUUUCUUCUUCUGCAACAACUGAUGAUGGCAAUAACGAUGCGGCAGCUCCAACCAAAAGUGAAUGA